AUGUUGUUCUCACCCUUCCUGCGAAAAAAGAAUCCUCAACCGCCUUUCAUCGGGGUGGACGUGUUUGCGCCGCAGGACGUGGUGCAGCGGGGGUGGCUGUGGAAGCGCGGCGCACUCAACAAGGGCUUCAAGCGGCGCUGGUUUGUCCUGACCUGCGGCGGCGAACUCUUCUACUACAAGAGCGACCGGCACUCCCGGUGCCAGAACUUCAUUCCCCUCCUCGACUCCGUCGUCAAGUGGAAUGAGUGGUCGCCACAGUUCGAGGUCACCAUGGCCGAGCGCGUCUAUGUCAUGACCGCCUCGUCCGUGCUCGAAGCCGGCCUAUGGGUGAACUGGCUGCGUCACUUCACGACCUGCAACAAUCGGGAGAAUUUGUCGAUCGAGCAGGCCGAGGCGUUCCUCGCGAACAACGCCCAGGCCCAGUGCGCGCUGGAGGAGCAGGACCGGCGACACCAGGAGCAGGCCGCGCUGGCCCUGGCGGCCCGGCGGCGGCGCGUCGUCACUCGAGCCGCCAGCGCUGACUGCCUGCAGCGACCGCCGAAGGCCCCGGCGUCCAACCCGCGCCUUGCCGUGGCUGAUAUGGCCGACGACCAGGGCCGCGCGCGGCGGCUGCGGGCCUCGGCGCCCGAGUGCCGACGCGACCACCAGACCGAGGAGGACUUCGAAGCCACGAAGCGCGACGAGGCUGGCGACUCGCUACCCAUAAGUGCGAGUCCUCAGCCGCCCUGCAGAAACGCGCUACUGACUCUCGCUGCGGCUGGCCACCACCGAGAAAAGUUCAAGCGCAUGCGUUCCACCAGCAACUGA